AUGGCAACGACACAUGUGCAGAAACCGGCAUUAAAGAAAACACAAAAUGUCGGCGAUUUCUCGCAAAAUGUAAACAACGGACAAAAAUAUACAUCAACUAAAGGUGCAAGAAGCGAAAACGCUAACGCGAAUCCUAGCAAAAUGUGGUUUUACAUAGGCAAAGAUGCAACAGUCACGAAUGACAUUAUCAAGAAUUAUAUACAAAGAAAAUUGGAUAACCUCAAGGUUGAAAAUAUGAUGGCGGAGCAGCUAAAAACCGUGGGCAAUACUUUAAACGUGGGCUCUUAUAAAGUAGGCCUACCUAUAGAAUUUUAUGAUGUCAAUAAUAGUGAUUUCUCGCCAAAAGGAAUCAUUUUUAGACGUUUUAACUUCAAGAGAAGAGUUUUUAACUCGGAAAACUACAAGAUAGACGACAAUCAAGCAGGGAAAGAAUGGAUUUUCAAUGUUAACAGUGAGCGAAAAUACGAAAAGGCGAUGGCAACCACUCUUACUGCAAGACAACUGGAAGAGCUUCUAAAUAAAGGUCUGAAUGAUAGCGAUGAUGAUAAUUAUUGCAUGUCGGACUAUGGAGGUAAUUCUGAUGCAGACGACAAUAUUUCAUUUGUACCAUCUUCAGCUAAGUGCAGCACUCGAUCCAAUUCAAACAUAAAUAUUUCUUUCAGUUUAAUUUCAAAUAUUGCUUCAACAUCAAACAAUCCUGAGGAGUAUCAACAACCUAGGUCAACUUUGGGUUUUGGUUCUUCUGGUUCAACUUUGAUUCCAAUAUUAGACUAUGAUCUAUUUCAUUUUAGCGAGGAUUCAAAACUUAACAUUGACUUUUCAGAAGGUGCCACUCCCUUAGAUUUCUUCAGUGCUCUUUUCAAUGAUGAAAUAUACAUAACAAAAAUUGUAGAAGAAAGAAUUGUAUCUGAUGCAGAGACAGAUCAAAUUUAUUUGGAAUGUAUCACCAUGGAAGGGGGCACAUAUACAGCUGAUGCAUUACAAAAUGAAACUCCAAAAAAGAAAGAUGUGAAAGAAUUGCCUGGUCCCUCACAAGUUUCUAAAAUAGCAGGUCCCAUAAUAUCGAGAAAAAGGAAAAUAAACAGCCAAAAGCAAGGGUUAGAAUAUUUACACCAGUACUACGAAAAACAAUUUGAAUUAAAGAAAAAAGAAUUAGAUAUAGAAGAAAAAAAAUUAUUAUUAGAGAAGAGAAAAUGUGAGAUAGCCGAAAGGCAAUGUGCAGUUCAAGAAUUUAAAGUGAAGAAAAAAUUUGAACUGGAAGAAAAAAAAUUAAAUUGUGAAAUUGAAAAUAGAAAAUCAUUGAAUGAAAUUAUAGAAAGACAGGAAAAGCUUAUAAAUAUUUUAAUAAAUAAAUUGUCUUCUUAA